AUGACGAUUGACGCAUUGAUCAACGCUUUUCACUAUGCAACGCAAAAGUUUUUGAAAGACCAUCCGAAUCUGUUAGUGAUUAAUGCAGAUAAAAGCAAGGUCACAGUACUGAUGGAAAAACGUGAUUACGUGUCGAAAAUGAACGAUUUGUUAAGAGAUGAAAAGACGUAUAAAGUACUGAAUCGAGAUCCGACUCUGUCCAUACAAAGGAAAUGCAACGCCAUCAUUUCACGUUGGCAAAAUUGCCAAUAUAUUAGUGAUGGACAAGCUUGGUUUCUGAGACGUUACAAUGCCGUUUGUUCCAAAUUGUACGGAUUAGUUAAAAUCCACAAACAAGGAUUCCCGAUGAGACCGAUAGUUGCGAGUGUUGAUUCAGCUACGUACAAUCUUUCAAAAAUGUACUCGAACAUUUUAAAAAACGUUACUGGAAAGACGAACCGAACGAUUCUUAAUUCGACCGAGUUAGUGAAGAAAUUGAGACGUGUUCGACUACCGGAAAACUACAGACUGAUCUCGCUCGACGUAGUGUCCCUUUUCACUAACAUCCCGAGUGAAUUAGUGAUCUCAGCUGUAAAUAAAAAGUGGCUCAAGAUAAAGAACUUCACGACGUUACCGAAACAAGAGUUCAUUGCUGGACUCCAACUUGUUUUGGAAGAAUGUUGUUUCCAAUUCAACGACGUUUUUUACAAACAAAUCUUCGGAUCACCAAUGGGUUCACCGGCUUCACCAGUUUUUGCAGAUCUCAUUCUUGAAAUUUUGGAAGAUGAAGUCAUUCGAAAGCUCGGCUACAAACUUCCGUUCUUCUAUCGUUUUGUUGACGAUAUUUUGACUGCAGUUCCAGUAGACAAAAUACAAUCGACCGUACAGGCCUUCAACAAAUACAACAGAAAUAUUCAAUUCACUGUAGAAGAAGAAGAUAGUAAUCACCGUAUUUCUUUCUUGGAAGUAAUGUGCAUUAGAGUUGGAAUGUCAAUUAAGACCGAUUGGUAUCAUAAAGGAACGUGGUCCGGGAGAUAUCUCAAUUUUUUGUCGAAUCUGCCGAUCACAUACAAACGAAACACAGUGUCAUUACUAACUGGAAAAAUAUUAUCGUUAUCCGAACCCGAAUUUCACGAUAAAAAUUUUGACCUGUUGAAGACGACACUCCACCGAAAUUUGUAUCCAAAAAAGUUAGUGGAUGAUAUCAUUGGAAAGGCGAAAGCGAAGUUUGGAACAGUUAAUCCAGUGACACCUUCUACUGAAGUCAGACCGAUGGUUGCGAUACCAUACACAAAAGGACUGUUCGAGAAACUAAAGUCAGCCUGCAAGAAAGAAAUUAUUUUGGUUGGAAAAUCAGAUAAUUGCGUCAAGAAAUCGAUUUUUAGCAGAAUCAAAGACAAGACACCGAUUUUGCAACAGUCGAAUUUGGUAUAUCAAGUGACUUGUGAAUGUGGUGUUAAGUACAUCGGUGAAACCUUACAGUUGCUUCAGAGUCGUUUGAAACAACACAAGUGUGGAAUUAAAAAGAAAGAUGAAGCGUAUAGUUCGCUAGUGCAACAUGUUCUUCGAACCAAUCAUAAACCGUUGUGGGAUGAUGUGAAAAUUCUACAGAAAGAAAAAGUGACGAACAGAAGGGAAGUGUUAGAGACUAUUCAUAUAAAAAAGACUGCGAAUUGUGUAAACACACAAAAAGAAUCAAUUUAUUUAGCUACGACGUACAAUAACGUUUUUUGA